AAGCAGGUGCUGCUUCAUCCAAAGUGCUGUUUCCUCUGGAGGUUGGAGGCACUGAGAAGUCAACACAGGGAAGGAGAAUGUUGAGGAUGGAGCUGCCAGGCACACGAAAACGAGGAAGGCCAAAGAGGAGAUACAUGGAUGUGGUGAGAGAGGACGUGAAAGUGGCAGGCGUGGUAGAGAAGGAUGCGAAAGACAGGGAGCAAUGGAGACGAAAGAUCCGCUGUGGCGACCCCUAAUUGGGAGCAGCCAAAAGAAGAAGAAUUUAUUAAUUCCUGAAGAAUGACCACAUCACAUCCUGUGGCAGCUCUGUGUCAGCUGACGUCCACCCCUGACAAGGAGGCAAACUUCACCACGUGUAAACGUUUGAUCAAGCAGGCCAAGGAAGGUGGUGCGAGCAUGAUCUUCCUCCCUGAGGGUUUCGAUUACCUCGGCUCCAGUCGAGAAGAGACGCUGCAACUCUCUGAAAGCCUGCAGGGUGACAUCAUCACCAGAUAUUCCCAGUUAGCCAGGAAGCUGAAAGUGUGGCUGUCUCUGGGAGGUUUCCAUGAACGAGGGCAUGACUGGGAGAACGACAGACGCAUCUACAACAGCCAUGUCAUCAUUAAUGGCCAAGGUGAGAUUGUGUCUGUGUACAGAAAAGGUCACCUGUUUGAUGUCGAGUUGACAGGAAGAGGUGUGUCCUUAAAAGAGAGCGUCUUCACCAUUCCUGGUCCCAGUUUAGUGCCACCUGUUCAGACCCCGGUUGGAAAGGUGGGACUGGGGAUCUGCUAUGACCUGCGCUUCCCCGAGAUGUCCUCGGCUCUUCAGAGGCACGGGGCGGAGAUCCUCACUUAUCCAUCAGCAUUUACCGUGGCAACAGGCACCGCCCACUGGGAGGUUCUCCUGCGGGCCAGAGCCAUCGAGACUCAGUGUUACGUCCUGGCUGCUGCUCAGGUUGGAGCUCAUCAUGCAAAGCGCUCCUCAUACGGCCACACCCUCGCUGUGGACCCGUGGGGUGUGGUCGUAGCAGACUGUGGGGGGACGGAUGUGGGCGUGGCUUUGGUGGAGGUUGACGUGCACAGACUACAGGACACUAGAAGGGACAUGCCAGUGCAGCAGCACAGGAGGGAGAAGGAGUUUUACUCUGGUCUGGACUGAACAGAGACUCAAAAUCAUAACGUGAAACGAAACAUUAUGUCCGUUUACCUUCUAGAAGAUCCAACAUUAUACAGAAUAAAUUAUAAUGUACUGUCUAUAAUCACAAAAAUAAAUGACUUAACAUGCAGGUUUGAAUGAUCUGUUACAAAUCCA